AUGGAAGAAUUCUCGGGUGGCUCUAGUGACGUGGUGCCCAAAGGGUAUCUAGCAGUAUACGUGGGAGAAGGGCUCAAGAGAUUUGUGAUCCCAAUGGAGGAUCUGGGUCACCAAGCUUUUGGGAUUCUACUGACAGAAGCUGAAGAAGAGUUUGAGUUCCAACAAGGAGUUCUAAAGAUCCCUUGCCAAGUUGCUGUCUUUGAGAAGAUCCUGAAGAUGAUGAACAAGAGGAGGGAUGCGCCGAAUGCAUUUCACUUGCACGAUUUCAGGCAGAGGCGAAGAGGGGAGGGGGAGAGAGAAAGAAAAAAAAAAAGAAAAAGAGCACCAACAGAUAGGUCAAAGGGGAGGGGAGAGGAGCAGAGAGGGUGA